UAAGUAUCCAGCCAUUUUAUAGCCCGCCUACUUCCUUUGCUAGACUCCCAACAGAAUCAUCGGUUCUGUUGUGUUCUAGCAUUUUUGUGCUGUGGACUUUUUUCUCCCGGAAGUUGGAAUGCGUAAAUAUUAGGAUUAGUGGACAGCGAUGAUUAGCGGAUGGAUGGAGCUGCUUCCUAUACCGUCCAUAUGUGACUCUGCGCUGCUACGUGUCCUUCUCGUGAUCGUGUCUCUUCUAUGUGCUGAUGUAGAAGCUCUCCGGGUGAUUGGCGGAAGUGUGACAGUGAAACAAGGAAGUACUGCUAUCUUAUCGUGCUAUGUCACUGGUACCAAUGAUGACCUGACACAGAUUACCUGGCAGAGGAAGACGAGAGAAAAACCUCACAAUGACAAUUUCCUCACUAUCUUACCCAGAGAGGGAGUGCAGUUUGUCAAUGGAGGUGAUGAUCGAUUUAAAUAUAUCGGGAAUUUUAACAACAAAAAUGGAACUCUCCAGUUAUCCAAUGUUGCCCUGAAGGAUGAAGGCAGCUACACGUGCAUCUUCACCUUGUUUCCCAGUGGAAAUCAGAAGAUUGAGAUACCUCUAAACGUGCUUGUGCCUCCUUUCACAAGCGUCAAGGACAAUCUUCCCACUUUGGGCACAGAAGAGGUUUUAUUUGCUACCUGCACGGCUGCUGGCUCGAAGCCUCCUGCAGAGGUGAGGUGGCUCACUGGUGCUUUGGGAGACAAAGUGAGGACGACGGCAAACUCCACCCAGUAUGACAACGAUACAACUACCACUGUCAGCUCGUUGUUUGGUGUUCCUACGAGAGAGAUUAACGGUCACCAGGUCCAGUGUGUCAUCAGCGGUGACUCUCUGUCUAAAGAAGAGAGUCUGCUCUUCACUAUACAGAUCUACUUUUCUCCCACAGAAGUGAACAUUAGAAUGAUUUCAGAGGACUCGUUCGAGUGUGUGACAGAAGCCAAACCAAAUGCAAACUUUAUCUGGAGCAGAUCUGGCCAGUCUUUGCUGGAGUCUUCUGUCAAAAUAGACGGUGCAAAGCUACAACUGCUGAGCCUGACCUCUGAUAUAAAUGGCCUUUAUCAGUGUGAAGCAUCUAACACAUAUGGAAGUAAACGUGGUCAGCUCUAUGUGCAUGUGGCAUCAGGAUCGUGCUCUGCUGCAUGGGCCUUACUUGGUGUUUUUAUAUGUGUUUUUUUCCUGAGCAUCGUUGGGGCUGCAGUAUGGUACUUUUAUACACAUGAAGAUCAAAGGCGUAGGUUUACAUUUUUUUGGCGGCGUGUCCCAACAAAUGAACCAGCUGGUAACAGUGCAGCGCAACAAGAACAACAUCAGAUGGAGUAAUCUCUGUGACAGCUGUGGAAGCAAAGGAUGAGCAAUAUCUGGACUGAAUGCUCGACCAACAUGUCAUUCUAGAGUCAGCUACUAAAUGAACAGAUGAAGAACAGGUGGAGGUACUUGGUGUCCGUUUAUCUCUCUGCCCCACUUUUGUUUAUCAUGUCUUAGUUUUUAAUGAAGUUUCUUUUUUUGCUUUUUCUUGUACUGCCAUGGCAUUUAUGUUCUACCUUGACAUACCAGCUCUGGCUAAUAUGAAUGGCAGUUUUUCUGUGACAUUUACAUCUCCUGAUAACACAAGCCGUUAAGCUACUGAGGAUUUCAACCCACAGGGCUUCUGUUUAAAACAGUGUUAUCAGUGUUAUCAGUACACCACAGAGCCUCACACAGACAAUAGGUUCAGACGGCACAAACAGUCAAGUGAAGCACACUGUCUGACUACCAUAUAUAGUACAUAACACUUGAAAAAUAGAGCCCCACCCUUGUUAGUGCACGGCAGAUGUUUUGCUUGGAAAUCUAACAUAAAGCAACAUACAAAGAAAUUUGAAAGAAAAAAAAACAUAUUUUAAAAAAUCUUAGUGAGGUUUUGUUACUGUGUUGAAUUAUUGGUUGUUUCGUUUUGUUUUUUUCAUUAAUUUGAAGAAAAUCAAAGGUCUUCACCCUUGAAAUUUUUUAAUUUAACUGUAAAAAGCAGUACGUUAUAGCAUUUUACAGGAGAGUAUAGUUACAAAGGUCACAUUUCUCUCAUUAAUCAUUAAUCUUAAUGACUGUAUUAACUUAGAUUACAUGCUGGUCAAUGUUUAAUGUGAAACUAGAACAGAACACCAAAGCAUACACACUAAAAUGCUGGAAAUUCUGUGGUGGUACUCAACACACUGCAGUUUAAAAGUCUGCUUCAGCAGGAAAGAAAAGUUUGAGAAAAUUAAACAAGCUAUUUAUGAUUUUAUAGUAUUCACACACGUAAUAAGUUAUUAGUUCGAUGUUAUCUUCCUAUUUUCGCUCUUUGUCAUAAUGUGCAGUGUGAGGAAUAAUAAAAAACAGCGACUGAUCAGCAAGAGUAACCAAUUGAUACAGAAGUAAAAGCAAAGAUUUGUCCAGGUGUAGGAAAGAAGUAUUCCCUACAUCCCCCUUCAUGAAUCACCACCUUAUCGCGGUAAAGGGGUUUGCGUGUCCUUCUGAUCCCAGGAGCUAUGUUGUCGGGGACAGUUUGUCCCUGCUAGGGUCUCCCAAGACAAUUUGUUCAUGGGUAAAGGGCCAGACCAAGUGUGAUUCAAAAGAGUUCGAUGAUGAGAAGUUACUUGACAAAAUCUUGGUUACCAGGGCCCGUUCAUCAGGCCAAACUUAGUCAAGGAGCUAUUUUUGGAAACACCCAUUAUUCAUGGGUCCUGGCUGACCCCAGUUACUCCAGUGAACCCAUCACCUGCUGGAGGGGCCAUAGUGGUCCAGUGUUACGUGGAUCAGGUGCUAAAACUGGUUUGUGAUAUACGGUGAUAAUCAAGUGUUCCUUUUUGAGCAGUGUACUAUGUUGAGUAUCAUACAUAAUGAGAAAGGUUUUCUAAAAUGUCCACUCAGGCAAAACAAGCUUUGUUAACGAUUUGUAACUCCAGCUGCUGUAGGUGGAGAGCAGUGACCAGUCUAUAAAGUCACACUUCAUACAUGGAUUUAUGAAAUUUAUUGCUAAUUAACAAACAUUCAUUGUUUUAUGAUUCGAUUUUUUUCCCACCAGAUUUGUCAUAGACUGAAAUAUUAUGUGAUAGAUCAGAAGGUGGGCGUAUUGUGUGAGGAUGUUAGCGUGAUGUCAAGUUGAAAGAAAAAUUUUAAUUAUAUUCUAUGUUUUCAUGUGUUAAGGGCUUAUUCUAAAUUAUUAUCAUUGAAUUCGGGGGGUUAAUGUUCUAGUGUUGUUGAUUCACAGUUUUCAUUGUCUCACUGGUCAUGAUGGUACUUAUGUGAAUGUUUCAGUAUAAAACUUUUUACAGUUUUAAAUAGUCAAGCAAACUGCAGCUAUUAAUAAUUGCUACAAAACAAUACCUCUUUUUAUACUUUUUAGAAGUGUAUUCUGGUACUGCCUAAAGUUUUUGUAUUAAGCUGCUUCACUUUUGUAAAAGGUUAAUUUGCAUAUUUAACUGCUGUUUACAAACAAGCUUGAAGGGGGCCACAGCAGCGUGUUGUUUUAUACUAUUUAUAUUUUAGGAUAGAAACUGCUGACUCAUCUUGUCUGGAUCUUGUUGCUAAAUCUGUUUUUAGAUUUAGUAAUGGAUGUAAAGAUAUUCUUUGCCUUUUUCCUGCAUACUGCUGAAUAUUGUAAAUUUAGUUACAUAAAUUUUUAAUCAUUGUUAGCAUUAGCAACGCUUACAUGUGUAUUUUAACUCUACAUACAUACAGUAUAUAUUAUUCAUCAGAUUUUUUUUUCUUUCCUUUAAACCUAAAAAUGAAGACAUGACACUUUAUGGUUUUAAACCUUUUCAGAAAGUAAGAUCAUUAAAAAUGUUUUCAUUUUUAAAGUAUAUCCAUGCACCGUACAUGAUAACAGUGGUUCUCAAGCUGGAACAUGGCCCCACUCAUGAAGCAUCAUGGAAAAAACUUUUUUUUUUGUUUUUUUUUUUGUAAAGCCUAGUUAAUUUCUCUGGAAAAGUCGGCUUUUAACCUCCUAGGACCUGGCGUCCACAUAUGUGGACAUCGCAUUUAUUU